AUGAGUUUAGCACUGAAGAGAAAGCUAUGCGUUCUAGGGGGGGAAAGGAUGAAUAGAGCACGAAUUUGCUGGGUUUUGCGGGUGAGAGAGGAAGCUUGCUCUCUGGAUGUGGUUGUUUUAGCUAAUGAUGAAGUAGUGGGGUGCUGGGUAGUUUCCGGCAGCUCGACGAAAACUCUGUCAAGCUUUGGAAAAGUUUACCAAAAGGAAAAAUGGGAAGAGAUGGAAGGAUGGGGCUCAAAAUUGCAGAGGUGCUGGAAGGCUCUUUCCCGCAGCUGCCUCAGUGGAGAACUUCUAUUUUCAGCAAUCUUCCUUCCUUCUUUUCUCCCCUCUUCUAUAGCUAGAUCUGAUGGAGGGAAAGAAAUGGGUAUGUACAUUGGUUUGAAAGGUGUUUUGCUCAAGUAUCCCUUGGUUUUUUGGAUGUUUUUGCUUGAAACUUGUUCCCUCCCAUAUGCUAGAGCCUCCCAGCAGCUCACUGACAUGGAUAUUUUGGCUUUCAUCGUGGCUUUCGCUAGGGGUGGCAUUUUAGACCGAAAAAUGGCAAAAACCAACCGACAAUUUAUCGCAAUGGAACCGCAAUCGCAGGAAACCAAACUGCAUUUGCGGUUACGAUAUUUGAUUUUCAAAACUUACGGUUACCGCAAACCGCGACUAUAUUUAUAA